AUGGUGGUAGUGGGUAAGGUGAAUGUGGUAGCCGAUGCCCUCAGUCGAAAGGUAGCUCAUUCGGCUGCCUUGAUCACUAAGCAAGUUCAGUUCUGUAAAGAUCUGGAACGAGUAGAGAUUGCGGUGGCAGUGGGGGAAGUCACUUCGCAGCUAGCCCAGUUGACAGUGCAACCAACCUUGAGGCAACAGAUUAUUGAUGCACAACAGAGUGAUCCUGACUUGGUUCAGAAGUGUCGUCAGGUAGGGUUAGGUCAAGCAAGUGAAUUUUUUGUGUCAGUGGACAAGGGUCUUUUGUAUCAGGGACGGUUGUGCGUCCCAGCAGAUGAUGGCUUGAAAGGGGAACUGUUGGUGGAAGCUCAUAACUCUCUAUUCUCGAUGCACCCAGGUAGUACCAAAAUGUAUCAAGAUGUGAAACGGUAUUACUGGUGGCCCGAUAUGAAAAGGGAGAUAGCUGAAUAUGUCAGUAGAUUUUUAGUCUGUCAGCAGGUGAAAGCCCCGAGGCAGAAGAUAACAAGCUGUUACAACCCUUCGAUCAUCUACCUUUCCCCUCCAAAAACUAGUUCCAGAAAGCUUAGAUGA